CCUACUGGAUGGAGAACACUCUGCGGUCCUGAGGAGGAGGAACCGAACCCAAGUCUUCACCGACUGGGUCUACUUGUUGAUUCACCAGGAGAGGAGGAGGAGGGAUGCACACUUGACGUGACGUGUCUGUCGGGGGAAAAAAUAAUCAGAAAAAAAGAGCUCCAUUGCUCUCCAGAUCCACGCUGCUCAUGAUGCCUUCAUCACAGCCUCAAAUCCAGACGGUUUGGCAGCUUUUUGACACGGGUGACACCGGAAGGGAGAUGCUGCACGAUAGCUUGUGUCUGAUAUAACUCCAGGAAAACAUUCAAUGGGCAGGGAUGGACUUCAAGCCAAGCAAGUCACGCAGCAUCUCCAUCAUAAAAGGCCAACUAACAGAAGGAGAAGAGUGCAGACCCCGAUGAGGUCCCCCAAAAGACCAUGUCUUCUUAACCCCGACCGCACCGCACCUACAUUCUUUGGUACAAGUGAAAGAUGAUCCAAACGGUGUCCAGGUCGGACAGCACGUUGCUGCCAGACGCCAUGGACAUCAUCCGGAGCAAGCACACCCGCCGAGUGAGGCUCAACGUGGGGGGUCUCCUCCAUGAGGUCCUGUGGAGGACCCUGGACCGGCUGCCCCGCACCAGACUGGGCAAGCUGUGGGACUGCAACACCCACGACUCCAUCAUGGAGAUAUGUGACGACUACAGCCUGGACUGCAACGAGUACUUCUUCGACAGACACCCCGGCGCCUUCACGUCCAUCCUCAACUUCUAUCGCACGGGGAAGCUGCACAUGAUGGAGGAGAUGUGCGCCCUGUCCUUCAGCCAGGAGCUGGACUUCUGGGGCAUCGACGAGAUCUACCUGGAGUCCUGCUGCCAGGCCCGCUACCACCAGAAGAAGGAGCAGAUGAACGAGGAGCUCAAGAGGGAGGCGGAGAACAUGAGGGAGAGGGAAGGCGAGGAGUUUACCACCACGUGCUGCUCGGAGAAGAGGAAGAAACUUUGGGAUCUCUUGGAGAAACCCAGCUCCUCGUUUGCUGCCAAGAUCCUGGCAAUCAUCUCCAUCCUCUUCAUCGUGUUGUCCACCAUCGCCUUGUCCCUCAACACUCUUCCAGAGCUGCAGGACACGGAUGAGUUCGGUCACCCCACAGACAACCCCCAGCUGGCCCACGUGGAGGCCGUCUGCAUCGCCUGGUUCACCAUGGAGUACCUGCUCCGCUUCCUCUCCUCGCCCAACAAGUGGAAGUUCUUCAAGGGUCCGCUGAACGUCAUCGACCUGCUGGCCAUCUUGCCCUACUACGUCACCAUCUUUCUGACAGAAUCCAACAAGAGCGUGCUGCAGUUCCAGAACGUCCGACGUGUGGUUCAGAUUUUCAGGAUCAUGCGGAUCCUGCGUAUUUUGAAGCUGGCUCGUCACUCCACGGGUCUUCAGUCUCUGGGAUUUACCCUCCGUCGGAGCUACAACGAGCUGGGACUGCUUAUUCUUUUCCUGGCCAUGGGUAUCAUGAUCUUCUCCAGUCUUGUGUUUUUUGCCGAAAAGGAUGAGGAGGACACCAAGUUUAAAAGCAUUCCUGCGUCAUUCUGGUGGGCAACCAUUACAAUGACCACAGUAGGCUAUGGAGAUAUUUACCCCAAAACCCUGCUGGGAAAGAUCAUAGGGGGGUUGUGCUGCAUCGCCGGGGUGCUGGUGAUCGCCCUGCCAAUCCCAAUCAUCGUUAACAACUUCUCGGAGUUCUACAAAGAACAAAAGAGGCAGGAGAAAGCCAUCAAACGGAGGGAAGCUCUGGAGAGGGCCAAGAGAAAUGGCAGCAUCAUCUCCAUGAACAUGAAGGACGCCUUUGGACGCAGCAUGAAUCUGAUGGACGUCACUGUGGACAAAACGGAAGCUGAGAAAAUGGUGCAAGUCAAUCAUGUGACUCAAACGCCUCACAAAGGGGAUACUCAACUCCAGUCUGAGCUGAGCCCCAGCAAGCAGAACCUGGAAUCAAGCCACCAGGAGCAAGCCAAGCCUUCAGGCAACCCUCAGCACCUCAGUGCUAAGACACUGGAGGAGAUGUACGACAAGAUGGCCAAGACUAGAUCGCAGCCGGACCUCAACAGCAAGGACAAAUGUAAAGCUGGGAGGCAGAGAGCUGAGUUUGAGAUGGGAGUCGUGAUGGAUGUGAGGAGCAUGUCCAGUAUCGAUAGCUUCAUCAGCUGCGCCACUGACUUCCCUGAAGGUUCUCGCUUCUCCUAUUGCCAUAAUCCCGCCAGGGUCAGAACCUACCCAAGUCUGGAGCCCACCUUGGAGAACGACAAUGAGGAAAUCACCACAUCGCUGACAGGACAUAGCUCCGAGGGUCUGCAUUGUAGCAAUCCACCCAAAGCCCACUCCAUGAGGGUUGGCAGGUAUUCAGGGACAGGGGUCCUCUCAGAUGUUGCCUCAUUGCAGAGUCCAGAGGUGUCAGUUUACAUGACCGCAAGAAGCAGGACCCCCAGCAAGAGCCCAGAGAAUUUACCUCCAAACAUCUUCACGUUCCACCACGCAUCCAUCAACAAGUUCAUCGACGCCGACACAGAUGAGGAAGAGCACCUGCACGACGGUUCAAGGAUCAGCCCGGUGCAGAGACUCCUAGGAAGGGUCAGUCCCAGGUUUGGCCACCAGGGGGCCAACCACUCAGAGGGCUUCCAGAGAAAGCUGGGGAAUAGCAGGAUGCCGCUAGACGGGCAGGAGAACCACGUGGCUCAGGAAGUACAGUCGCUUCAGGGAGACAAGAGUUAUUCCAAAACACAUUAAAAGACACGUGGAUGAUGGCGGAGCUUUUUGUGUUCUGAUUUCUUCCACAUAAACUCUUUGAGCUGACGCCACAGGUUCCAAAGUUUUUGUGAGAAUUUAGUGGGAUUUGGUACAAAAUACACUGUAAAUAGUUGGGAGAGUGACAGUUUUACUUGAAAAUGAUAGAAAUAAUCGAACAUAAUCUGAACCCCAAAAUCUUACAUACAAUCCUAAAAUGUGUCCUCAAAUCCAUAAAUCCGGUAAAGGAAACAUUAUGGAACAAACUUAAGUAGUAAAUGUAGAUUGGACCUACCUAGCCUCAGACGAGAGCUGUCCUAAAUCUGUGAGCAUGAACUGAUAAAGCCUGUUCGGAUGAGGUGACACGUUAUCUAAGACAAUCUGAACAGUCCAUUAAGUUGCAAUCUAUUCAAUGCCCGGAGAAGUAAGGAAAGUAAUCGCUUUUGGCCUUAAAAUUGCUAUAUUUUUUCACAAUAGCAAAAAUGCUAGUAAGACACAUUUUCACCCUUUCAAUUAUUUUGUUUAUCCCAAGAAAAAAUUGUGUUGCCAUAUUUUAUGCAUUUUUUUCAAAACCAUUCAAAGCCAUUUUUAAAUGUAGUAGCGCUGAAAAGGGGAAGAUAUAAACAAUGAUGCUAGGACGUUUACCAGUGGUAGCCUCAUUAAGGUUUUUACAAAUUAAUUAACACUAUAUACAUGUAAACAAAAGAAACUCAUCACACAUGCUAACUUGUAAUAACAGUCUGUCGUAAAUAUAGUUUCUGUUUAUAGCCACAAAUGAACUUAAAUCAAUUUGAUCCGUGCUACAACUACAAUAGCUACAGUAGCAUUUACCUUGGGGAAUAGACUUUUGUAAGUGUCUGCUACGGGUGGCUUCCCUGUUGUGUAACAAUAUGAACUAGGAAAAUCGUUCACAGUAUGUGCAUGACAACAAGUGAAAUGCACAGUGCAUUCGGAAAGUAUUCACAGCGCUUCACAUUUUCCACAUUUUGUUAUGUUACAGCCUUAUUCCAAAAAGGAAUACAUUCACUUGUGUCUUAAAAAUUCUACAGACAAUACCCCAUUAUGACCAUGUGAAAGGUUUGUUUUUAUUGUUUAAUUUGGCAAAUGUAUUAAACAUUUUAAGAAUACAAAAUAACAUUCACAGCAUUUGCUUAUUACUUUGUUGAUGCACAUUUGGCAGAAAUUACAGUGAUGUGUAUUUCUGGUCUUCUUAUCCUCGUCCAGACAUAAGGGCGACAUGGCAUUGUGGUUGGAUCAAAAGAGACGUCGGAGACGCUUUACUGAACCAAAAGUUGCUUUAUUACAAGCGAGCGUCAUUAUACAGGACUGCAGUUCCUGGAGGAGGUCAGGUCAAGCAAAUGGAGACGCCAAACCAUCAGUUCUUAUAUUCUUCCUUCCUGUGUCUGUGUGUGUGCUAAGUCAGGAGAGCGUAAUCUGACCUUAAAAGGAGAAGUGGGUGUGUAAGUGUCUGAAAAACAACUGCUCUAAGUCAUAACCUAAAUGUUUGGCGUUGAGCUGAACAUGUAGUCUCUUCUCAAGGAUAGGGCUAUCACUUUUGCAUUCCAAAGUCCCAAUUAGGGCCUCUUUUCUAUGAGAAGUGAUCCAAUCCACCUGCGAAUGUCAAACUAAGGCGCCUUAUCUUAUUAUGUGCUCAAACUGAAAUGCUACUAUUUAAUUAAACUUGGUGGUUUGCUUUUUCCAAGAUGAAUAUAAACAUUCACCAUAUGCAAAACAUAAUAUGAGUUAAUGAAUUCACUUCAACAGCCUAAAGUAUUUUUAAUACGACGCCACAAGCUUGGCACACCUAUCUUUGUGCAGUUUCGCCCAUUCUUCUUUGCAGCACCUCUCAAGCUCCAUUCAUGAUGUCUCUGUACAUUCUGCAUUAAUCGUUCCCUCUAUCCUGACUAGUCUCCCAGUUCUUGCAGCUAAAAACAUCCCUACAGCAUGAUGCUGCUACCACCAUUCUUCACUGUAGGGAUGGUAUUGGCCUGGUGAUGAGCGAUGCCUGGUUUCCUCCAAAUAUAAAUGCAACUGGCUGCUUGACUUCCUCACAGACUUCCUCUGUCUGGACUGGAGCCUGCAGUGCCUCAGACUGGAAGUCUCUGCAGAGAGUGGUGAGGACGGCGGAAAAGAUCAUCAGGACUCCUCUUCCUCCUAUCCAGGAGAUCGCAAAAAACCGC